AUGGCUAAGCUCAAAGUGAUUAUAGUUGGUGGCGGCCUCGCUGGUGCCUGCAUGGCUAAUGGGCUCGUUAACAAAGCCAACGACUUGUUUGAUGUCUCGGUUUUCGAGCGCGACGAGCAAGCUUCAAACCGGGAUGGGUACCAGAUUCGUCUUGGAGCGCACGCUCUGGUAGGGUUCCGCGCCUGUCUGACGGACAAACAGUACCGUGACUUGAUCCUGUGCUUUGGUCGAUCUGGUGGCGUUGUAUCCUCUGCGCCGGCAAUAUAUGACAAGGACAUGCAGCUCUUGCUGGACCUGGGCAAAUUCCCAGCCUAUACGAAGAGCGCUCCGAUUGCGCGUGCUCGACUUCGCAAUUUCCUCCAGGCCCCUCUUCGCGAGAGAAACAUCAUACAAUACGGCAAGAAAUAUGUGCGGUUUGAAGUUGUCGAAGGCCAUUCACCAAGUGAAAGCAGGAUUAGGGCCCAUUUCGAGGAUGGAUCUAGCGAGCAAUGCGACAUUCUGCUUUCUGCUGAAGGGAGCAGUAGCCGUGCCAACAAACAGCUUGGCUGUGACAAUAUCCUUGACGACAUCUCGCUCGGGGCUGGGGCAUGCCUUGGAAAAUGUCAUCUCCCAUGGAGCGUCCUGCGCACUCUUCCAGGGCCUAUGGUCGACAAAGGAACGAUGGCCACUACCACCGCGAGUGCGAGACUUUUUGCGGCAGCCUACCUGCCAGACAGCCUAACGAAGUGUCCAAUUUAUUCUCCCUCAAAUGACCUGAGCGGCCUGGAAAAGCCCAGUAACUACGAUGAGGAGCAAGCCUUUUUGAUGGUCGGGGUUGCCUGGACCGAAGGGCCUUCCUCCAUCGAGGCCGCUGGACUCCCGGACAAGAAGGCGUUUCUACGGGAGGUUCUUACACAGGCGAGAUACCAUCCAGAUUUCCUCAGUCUGGUUGACGCGUUGGACGCUGACGCCAUUGAAAGCGUCCCAUGGCGAUACGCUAAAAGCACCCCAGUGGACUGGCGACAGAGACUCCUGUCAGCCAACGUGGCCAACCCUGAUCAGAGCAUCGCAAACCCCCGAGUGUGGCUUAUCGGAGAUGCCAUACACCCAAUGCUCCCUUCAAGGGGAAUGGGUGCGAAUCAAGCAAUCCAUGAUACGGCUGAUGCUCUUGGCCCUCUCCUAGAGCUUGCCAAGCAAAGGAAUUUGACAGGCUGUUUGACCGACGAUGAUGUUCGCGUCCAAUUGGAUCUGUACGAGAGAGCCAUGAUACCGAGAGCAUUCGCCUGGGUUGAGAAAAGCUCCGCACAAGUGUUACCUAACUUGGAUAAUUUCAAAGGGAGAGCUAUAAUUACUGGCCUUCGUCUCGUUCUCACCGUUGUUACCAGUGUUAUGAGUGUUAUGAGGUGGUUUGGGUGGAAGCCAAACGAUGAUGCCCCUGAGCUUCCAUGA